UCAUUUUUAGUAUAACUGUGAAGGUGAACUGUCAACCCAAAUAAUCUAGCAACGUUGUCCGGCCGCGGCUAUUUUCUCUUUGCAUUUUUGUUAUUCUUAAAUAACCCAAAACAUAUUCCUAAACAAAAUACAUUUACUUGACCUGAAAUACUUCAAAUAAAUAACUUUUCUUCAAAAAUAUGGCUGAUGUAUUGGAUAUCGAUAAUGCUGAAGAAUUCGAGGUCGAUGAUGAUGGCGAUCAGGGAAUCGUUCGUUUGAAGGAAAAGGCAAAGAAACGUAAGGGACGUGGUUUCGGAAGUGAAAGCAAUUCCCGGGAACCGAUUCAAUCCUAUGAAAGAGUUCGUAACGAAGACGAUGACGAAUUGGAGCCGGGACCACAACGUUCAGUCGAAGGUUGGAUUCUAUUUGUUACAUCAAUUCACGAAGAAGCCCAAGAAGAUGAUAUUCAGGAAAAGUUCUGUGAAUAUGGUGAUAUUAAGAAUAUCCAUUUGAACUUGGACAGACGUACAGGUUUCUCUAAGGGCUAUGCACUUGUUGAGUACGAGACCCACAAACAAGCUCUAGCCGCAAAAGAAGCUCUCAAUGGAUCCGAUAUAAUGGGACAAACAAUUCAAGUUGACUGGUGUUUCGUGAAGGGACCAAAACGAACAAAGAAGUCAUCUGACCGCAGGAGGAGAUAACUUCUGUAAACACUCAUUCAUUGCAUUUUUCUAGGGUAGACUAGUCGAAGAUUGGUUAAGUCUAUGUUUACUAAUUCAUAGGUAGUAUCUUCUAGAACACUUAUCCACUUUUUUCACUUAUAAUUUUAUAAUUAUUUAAACUAAAUAAAAACUCAGUCUUUCGAUCAAGAAGCAAA